AUGAAAUUUAAUUGGACAUCCGAUGAAGCCACAACGUUAGGCAUUACUUUCACAAAUAAUGAAAAGGAUACAGUUCUUAAAAACAUACUACCUAAAUUACAGAAUUUUAAAAACUGCUUAAAAUCAUGGCAUCAUCGUAAACUUACACUAAUCGGAAAAAACACAGUAUUGAAAACGUUUGCACUUCCUAAAUUAAUAUAUGUAUUAACAGUUCUCCCAAAUCCACCAAACGAUGUUAUUAACGAUAUAAAAUCAGCAAUAUUUAAUUUCAUAUGGGACGGUAAGCCUGAUAAAAUAAAAAGAACUCAGUUAAUUCAAUCUGUAGAAAAUGGAGGUAUCCAAUUAACGAACAUUGACUCAUUCUUGAAUGCAAUCAAAUGCAGCUGGGUUAAAAGAUACCUAGAUAAUACCAAUACGAGUAAAUGGAAAUUAUUCUACCAGAAAAUCCUUAAAAAAUAUGGUGACUCCUUACUCUUUGAAUGUAACAUCAGCAAUACUAUCUUACAUGAAAUUGCAAACGAAAACAUAUUUCUGUCUGAUGUUCUAUCAGCGUGGAGUGAUGUCACUCAUAACUUAGAAACCCAAACCAGCAGUAAAACAAUUUUAUGGAACAAUAAAGACAUAACUUCAAACAAUAAGACGUUUUUCUAUAAAGAUUGGUUUGAACAAAGCAUUAAAUAUGUCGACCAAUUAUAUGACUACAGAAUUAAGGAUUUCUACUCUUUUGAUAAUAUAUGCUACAUAUACGGAAUACCUUCAAAUAAUUUUCUGAAGUACUACACACUAAUCAAAAGCAUACCCAUACAUAUUAAAUCUGAAAUCAAUACAAAUAAUACACCAUGUUCUCAAACAACAUUUGUAGAAAACAUACUUGGAAGAAAAAACAAAACAAAUAAAAUAUUUUACACACUACAAAUUAAAAACCCUACAGAAAACUCCAAAAUCCAAAAAAAAUGGCAAGACCUUUUUGUAGAAAAUGAACUUAAUUGGAAACACAUAUUUACCAUACCAUAUAAAGCAACCAUUGAAAGCACACUGAGAAAUUUUCAAUAUAAAUACAUCCAUAGAAUUAUAGCUACAAAUAAAUAUCUCUUUAAAUGCAAAUUAUCUAACUCAAAUCUGUGUGACUUCUGCAGUGAAAACAUUGAAACUAUAGAACAUCUUUUUUGGGAGUGCAAACACAUCCAGCCUAUUUGGAAUCAAUUAAUAUAUUUUCUUGAACAACAGCAACUAAACGUUAAACUAUCUUUUUUAAAUGUAAGUUUCGGAAUUAACUCAUUGAAAUCAAUAGACGGUAAUAAUAUUGUGAAUUUUAUGGUUAUAUUGAUGAAAUAUUUUAUCUUAAACAUGAAGUACAAAAAACAAGUACCAAAUUUUAAUUGUUUUGUCCAUAGUCUUAAACUUAAAAUCCAGAUUGAGAAAGAAAUAGCCCGCAGUAAUGACACAUUACAAAUCUUUGAACAAAAAUGGAAUCGGAUUAAAUUCUCAUAAUGUUUUGUCCACUUAUAUACAUUUCACUCUAAUGUUAGUUUAUCUUUCUAAAAUAGUUUUGUUUAUUUUUUUUUCAAUUUGAAAAGAUCAUUGUGAAUAUAAAACAAAACACACAAGUCCAGUAUGCUUUCUUCCGACUUUAUACAACUCAUAAUUUUUCAUAACUAUUCCUCUGUUGUUCUUUUCUUUUCUCUCUAAAAAUAUAUAUAUAUUAGCAUAUCU